AUGCGGCAAGCAAAGCGUAAAUACGCGCGCAAAGUGGCAGCAAAAUACGGAGUUAAUUUCAUGGCCGCAACGAUGUGCGCUGAUGUCUUUAGUACCUGCCCAACAUAUCAAUUUCUUUGCUCGAAUCCAGGAAGUACGUACGCCCAGAAUUGUAAAAAGACAUGUGGUCUGUGUGGAAAUAAGUCUAGUAACCAAAAUAAAUCGAAGUCUAAGAAGAAAACAAAGACAACAAGAAAGCCAAAAACAACUAAGCCUCGGAGAACAACAAAAAGAACUACCAGGAAACCUAAAACUACGAAGUCUUCAUGGGCUACGGCAGCACCUAUCGCAUUUACGCAGCGAUAUCCAUUUACGAUGGGUUCUCCAUCCCUGCCACAGUAUCAAUUCACCCAACCGCAGUACCACAAUCCCUGGCAAUAUCCUCAAAAACCUUAUCAAUUCCAACCGGCCUAUCCGACGCCAGCGUAUUAUACACCUUAUGCCCAUCUCACCCAGGCUCCAACAGUGGCUAGUACAUACAGCCAAUACAACCAUCAAUAUCCAAAUCGAACUCCAGCUUAUCAACAACAACUUGUACAGCCAACUCAGAAUUCAUCCUCUUGUUCUGAUCGAGCCACAAACUGUAGCACUACGAAGCAAUACUGUCACAGUUCUCCGGGCUCUGCACUGACUGAACAGAUUCGAAAAUACUGUCAGAAAACGUGUGGCCUUUGCCGCGUGUCUGUCACAAUGCCACCUACUCCGAAGCCAACAACGAAGAGGACAACGAAGAGAACGACAGCGCGUACAAAAAGACCAAGGCCUGAAAAGACAACUCGAAAAACGCCUACAAAGCGAACCACAACAACCAGGAAAACAACGACUAGAAGAACAACAACUAGACCAACUCCAAAGAUUAAUCUUACUAUGAAUGUGGAUAAAUACAUUUCAUUUAUUCCAACCACUAAAAAUACGAUCACCUCUACAGUUGCAGCGACGCCCUCAAUGGAGUUCGAGGGGCGCAAAUGCAUUGAUAUUUGGAGCAAUUGUGAUCGUUUAGUCCCAUCAUGUAACCAAUCUUACAUAAAGAAUAACUGUUUUAAAACCUGUUCGGCAGAAUGCAAACCGAUGACUAUUUCAACCAAAAGAACUACGACAAGAACAACAACAACAACAACAACGUCAACAACAACAGAAGUCGUAACAAGAACAGAAUCAUUUGAAACAUCGACGACUGAUGGCUGGACAAUGACGACGGCGUCUACAACCACUUUUGUUUCGGAAAUUCGUGAUGGAGAAUGCGGCGAUAUCUUGCCAACUUGCGUUGAGAACAAAGAAAACUGCUUCCUUGAGCAUAACGAGUUGUUUCUCGAAGUUUGUCGAAAAACCUGCGGCGUUUGUGGAGUAAAAGAUACAUUCCUGGUCAUGGCUGAGCACGAGCUCGGCAAUAUGGCGCUUCCCGAUCAUUUGCACUACCAUUUGCGAGGUGGAAUAAACAACUAUCAAGGAAAACUGACCCUGAUCGCUGGAAACGAAAAACCAAAAGUCGAGGCUUACCAAUCUGGUCGCUGGAACGAGCUUCCUUCGAUACCGUUUAGCGAAGGUACUAUUUACGAUUUCUCAACAGUGGUCGUUCAAGGAAGACUGCUCACGCUCGGAGGAAACAGAGGAGCGGGAAGUACUUCAAGAGUGUGGAUUUUCAACGGAAACAGCUGGAUCUCCGGUCCACAGCUUAAAACUUCUAGAAUAUCUCCAGCGGUCAUGGAACAAGAUGGAAAAAUCAUCGUCCUCGGUGGAUGCACAAAGAAUGACUCUUGUCGUACAGAAACACUGAAACCGCGACCAGGAAAGAACGUUUUCGACAAAGAACAACUAUCACGUGACUUGGAUGGAUUCGGAAGAUUUGGAGAACAUGUCUUUUUUGUUGAUAACCGCUAUUGUUCCUGA